CGCCUAUGGUGCAGAUCUUAUUAAUUAUAUAUUGGUUUACCCACCCGGCUAGCCACCAAGUUAGUUAUCUCCAUCCUUACCUAAUCCUCACUAUAUUUAAAUCUUCUGACUACUAUAUCCAAUCCAACUUCCAACUUCGAUACAAUCUCAUCAAAAUCUAUAAAUCUACACGGUCCAUCCUUUGACACACUAUCAUGCCACUCAAAUCCAACCGCAGUAUAAUCAUUGUGGGGGCCGGCCCAUUCAUAUCCCGCUCUCUCUGCCAAUACCUUGCGAGCCAAAACUGGCGAAUCGUCCUCAUAUCUCGCACCGAGCACAAACUCCAAACCUAUGCCACCGAAACCGCAAACAUCUAUCCUUCGGCCCCUCAAGUGCUCACCCGUACGGCCGAUGCAUCAAGCCCCUCAAGACUCCUGUCAGCCCUCGAUUGGGCGGCGUCUCAACUAGGAGGAAAAGUCGAUGUCCUCUGCUAUAAUGCCGCUGUCAUCGCAGAAUCCGACCUUAUGAGUCUUACUCCUGAAGCUUUCACAGCCGACUUUCAGAUUGCCGCUAUAGGGGUCCUGAUUGCUGGUCAGUGGUUUUCCAAGCACGCGAACAAAGACUAUAUCUCAGGAGGGGAGUACCCGCUAUUUCUCGUAACGGGAGGCAUAUUAGAUAAGAAUCCAAUUCCGUCGUAUUCGUCACUAUCAGCAACAAAGUCUGCAUCGCAGAAUUUGACACAGCAGUUCUCGCAGGUUUUAAUUAGAGAGUAUAGUAUUUUGGUGGGGCAACCUUUGGUGGUUCAUCCUAUAAUUCCAAAAGAAGGAGGGGGGUGGCUCACCAAGUCGGAUCCGGAGGUUAUUGUGAGGGAAAUUUUUCAGCCAUUUUUAGAAGCCAGAGAGGCUAUUGGGGAAAAUGAUGACGGGAUCAGGGAAUGGAUUAGAGACCGUGUGUGGUAAUAUUGUUCUUUAUAAAAGGUCGCCGAGGCGCUACUCCUGCUAGCUGGACAAUUUGUGGAAACAUUUGACCAAUAUAAAAUGCAGACUAAACAAUUUAAAAUACUAUGCAAGGUAGAUCAAAAGAC